AGAGAGUUGCCAGCCAGUCAAGCAGAGUGACUCUUGCCGAUUGCGUGCUGGUUUGUUUAGCGAAAUAUUUUUAGUUUAGAAUUAAAUAUAAUUUUCAAAUUGUUGGCUGAAAGUUGGGUGUCACAGUGGUUUUGUGUUCGAUUAAAAAAAAAGCAACCAUUUGACAAGUAAUCGGUAUCAACAUGACCUUGGGCGUGUUACGUCUCUGCUCCAUGAGUGGUGGACGGUUUCUCUACGUAACAAGACCAAUAAAUCCAUCCAGAUUCCUUUCCGGCACUGCGAGACUAUUCCAAAAAGAUGCCAAACCAGCAGCGGUAGUGAAAGGAGUACCAUACAACAACUUGAAGAUUGGUGUACCCAAAGAGAAAUGGGUUAAUGAGAGGCGUGUGUCGGUUACACCGGCUGUAACAGCAACAUUUGUGAAAAAUGGAUUUACCGUUCAAGUGGAGGCUGGUGCUGGAUUCGAAGCCAAAUUCAGAGAUCAAGAUUAUAUUGAUGCCGGGGCGAAAAUUGUCGAUGCUCAAACGGCCUUUCAGUCAGAUAUCGUGUUGAAAGUGAGACAGCCAAUGGACAAUGAAAUUCCGUUGAUUAAAGAGAACGCCACAUUGGUGUCAUUCUUAUACCCAGCCCAAAAUAAAGAUUUGGUCAGUAAACUCGCUGAACGUAAAAUCAAUGCAUUUGCAAUGGAUUGCAUUCCGAGAAUAUCAAGAGCUCAAGUAUUUGAUGCAUUAAGUUCCAUGGCAAAUAUUUCGGGCUAUCGAGCGGUCAUCGAAGCUGCAAAUCACUUCCCAAGAUUCUUUACCGGACAAAUUACAGCGGCUGGCAAAGUUCCACCUGCGAAAAUUUUAGUAAUUGGUGGUGGUGUUGCUGGUCUAGCCGCUUGUGGACAGGCAAAAGGUAUGGGUGCUAUUGUACGAGCUUUCGACACACGGGCAGCUGUUAAGGAGCAAGUCGAGAGUAUGGGUGCAGAAUUUUUGACCAUCAACAUUGAGGAAGAAGGUGGCACUGCUGGUGGCUAUAGUAAAGAAAUGAGUCAAGCGUUCUUGGAUGCAGAACAUGAACUCUUUGCAAAGCAAUGCAAAGAGGUCGAUGUGAUUAUAACAACAGCGUUGAUUCCCGGCAAAAAAGCCCCAUUGUUGAUUCUCGAGGAACACGUCAAGUCCAUGAAGCCUGGCAGCGUUAUUGUUGAUUUGGCCGCUGAAAGUGGUGGAAAUGUUGCUACAACAGUCCCUGGAAAAGUGGUCACUAUCCAUGAUGUUGUACACAUUGGUCUUACUGAUUUGUCCAGUCGUUUGCCAACACAAAGUUCGACACUGUACGCUAACAAUGUCUCCAAAUUCCUCUUGUCAAUUGGAGAACAGAAACAUUUCAAUAUCAACUUGGAAGAUGAAGUGGUUCGCGGCAGUAUCGUGCUGAACGAUGGAGCUCUAAUGUGGCCUCCACCAGUGAUACCAGUAGCAGCAGCACCACCGCCACCAAAGACUGGAGCAGCGAUAGUUCAAGCUGAACCACCAAAUCCUUUCAAUGAAGUUUUGAAGAGCAGUCUUACGUACACAGCUGGCUUAGGUGGACUGUUGGCAUUAGGAUACGCAUCGCCAGGACCUGCAUUUACCACAAUGAUGACCACAUUUGGUCUGUCCGGAAUCGUUGGAUACCAUACGGUUUGGGGCGUUACACCAGCUCUGCAUUCACCACUUAUGUCCGUUACAAACGCGAUCUCUGGUAUCACGGCCGUUGGUGGACUACUCCUAAUGGGUGGUGGUGUUGUUCCAUCAAACGUAACCGAAACAUUGGCCGCAAGCGCUGCACUCAUUUCAUUCAUCAACAUUUUUGGUGGAUUCCAAGUUACCCAAAGAAUGCUUGAUAUGUUCAAACGUCCUACCGAUCCACCAGAGUACAAUGCAUUGUAUGGUAUUCCAGCAGCCGUAUUCUUAGGCGGAUACGGAUAUGCUGCUCUCUCAGAAAUGCCAGAAAUUCAUCAAAUGGCUUACUUAGCAGCUAGUUUGUGCUGUGUUGGCGCUCUCGCUGGUCUUUCUUCUCAAAAGACAUCGAGAUUGGGAAAUACUCUUGGAAUGAUUGGUGUGACUGGUGGAAUUGCGGCCACACUUGGCCAAAUAGCUCCAUCUCUUGACGUUCUCCUGCAAAUGGCAGGUGUUGCUGCAAUCGGCGGUGGUAUCGGCGGAAUAAUUGCCAAAAAAAUUCAAAUAACAGAUUUGCCACAAUUGGUCGCCGCUUUCCACAGUUUGGUUGGAAUGGCUGCCGUUCUUACGUGCGUUGCAACAUAUAUGCACGAUUUUCCCUCAUUGGCCACAGAUCCAGCAGCGAAUGUCCUGCGAACAGCUCUGUUUUUGGGUACAUACAUCGGUGGUGUUACAUUCAGUGGAUCAUUGGUUGCUUACGGAAAACUACAAGGAAUCUUGAAUUCAUCUCCGUUAUUGUUGCCUGGCCGUCAUUAUAUAAAUGGUGGUUUAUUGGCUGGUAACGCUUUAGCGAUGGGCGCGUUCUACAUGGAUCCUUCAUUUACGGAAGGGCUAGGAUUACUUGGCGCCACAGCAGCUAUGUCAACUGCGAUGGGAGUUACAUUAACUGCCGCUAUUGGCGGUGCUGAUAUGCCUGUUGUUAUCACAGUUCUCAACUCGUAUUCUGGCUGGGCCCUGUGCGCAGAAGGUUUCAUGUUAAACAACAAUUUGAUGACAAUCGUCGGCGCUUUGAUUGGAUCAUCUGGUGCCAUUCUCUCGUACAUUAUGUGCAAAGCCAUGAACCGUUCACUGCCAAACGUUAUUCUUGGUGGAUAUGGAACAUCAUCAACUGGUGGCGGUAAGGCUAUGGAAAUAACUGGAACCCACACCGAAGUGAAUGUCGAGGGUUGCGUUGAUUUGAUUAAAAAUGCGAGAAACAUAAUUAUCACACCCGGCUACGGUUUGUGUGUAGCCAAAGCUCAAUAUCCGAUUGCUGAAAUGGUUUCCAUUUUAAAGUCGAAGGGAAAGAAUGUUCGUUUCGGUAUCCAUCCAGUGGCGGGUCGUAUGCCUGGUCAAUUGAACGUGCUAUUGGCCGAAGCUGGUGUGCCAUAUGAUGACGUAUUGGAAAUGGAGGAAAUUAACGAUGACUUUGGAGAGACUGACCUCACAUUGGUCAUCGGAGCCAACGACACAGUGAAUAGUGCAGCCGAAGAUGAUCCUAACUCAAUUAUUGCCGGCAUGCCUGUGCUGAAAGUGUGGAAAUCAGAGCAGGUGGUUGUAAUGAAACGAUCACUGGGUGUUGGAUAUGCUGCCGUUGAUAAUCCAAUUUUCUAUAAGGCGAACACUUCCAUGCUUUUGGGAGACGCAAAGAAAACAUGUGAUGCUUUGUUAACCAAAAUUAAGGAGACUUAUGCAUAAAAAGGGAGGGAUGUCUAACGCUGGUCGGACACGGAAGGUGAACGUAAUUUCUUUUUUAAUAACAUUUUUUUGUGUUUGAUUGGAAGUGAAAACUAUUAGGCAAAUUAUGUACCGAAAAAUUAUGAUGAUGCAAGCGAAACAUUUUAAUUAAUAAAUCAAUUUAGGGGAUUAAGGAUAAAGAUGAAUUGUAUUUUUAAAUGAAAGUCUAUGUAUAAAACAAAAUGAAAAUUAAGAUUUAACGUUAAGAAUGAAUUUUAAAUUAAAUAAAAAAAAAAUA